UGAUAUAAGUGUAAAACCUGUUAUUUUUUAACAAUGAAGGCAGCAGAGUCCUUGAUGUGAAACUACCUUCACUUCCUCCUCUCCACUCUUUGGAACUAGCAGGAAAUAAAGUCAGCUCAGAAAAGAGACGCACGUUUAGAAUCAGAUAACAUAUAGACAUUUAUCAAGUUAAUGCUGAGUUCUUGUCUAGUGUGUAUUUGAGUCAGUUUCUCAGGAAGAGCUUCAGUGCUGCAUGAGGAGAAUGGAGACACUUGUGAGGAUUCUGGCACUGCUCCAAGUUCUGAUGGGUUUGGCUGCGCAGAAGAAAACUGUAGCUGUGUUCACUGGAACAGAAGGAGGCAGUGUGGAAAUCAACUGCAGUUAUAAAGAUUCAUACAUAUACUCAAAACAUUACUUCUGUCGUGAUCCGUGCAGAUAUUUUGAUGUUUUAAUUGAAACUCAGAAAGCUGAUAUUGUUGUUUCUAAAGGCAGAUACUCUAUACUGAACACUGUGAAUGCACAGAGAGUUUCUGUCACCAUCAAAAACCUCAGAUUAACAGACUCUGGAGUUUAUUACUGUGGCGUGGACAAGCGGGGAUCAGACAUAUUCACUAAAGUACAAAUCUCUGUAAAGAAAGCUCAAGUCAACCUAAGCACAACCCCUCAGACUACUGGUUCUACAGAAACUUUCUCCACAACCAAUGAACUCUCCACCACAGCAAAGCCCACAUGGUCUUCAGCUCACAUUCUGAUGGGUUUGGCUGUGCAGACGAAAACUGUACCUGUGUUCACUGGAACAGAAGGAGGCAGAGUGGAAAUCUACUGCAGAUAUAGAGAUUCAUACCAAUACUCAAAACAGUACUUCUGUCGUGCUCCGUGCAGAUAUUCUGAUGUUUUAAUUGAAACUCAGAAAGCUGAUAUUGUUGUUUCUAAAGGCAGAUACUCUAUACUGAACACUGUGCCUACACGGAGCGUUUCUGUCACCAUCAAAAACCUCAGAUUAACAGACUCUGGAGUUUAUUACUGUGGAGUGGACCAGUGGGGAUCAGACACACUCACUGAAGUACAAAUCUCUGUAAAGAAAGCUCAAGUCAACCUAAGCACAACCCCUCAGACUACUGGUUCUACAGAUACUUUCACCACAUCCAAGGAAUUCCACACCACCACAGCAAAGCCCACAUGGUCUUCAGCUCACAAAAUUCACAUUGAAUAUGAAUCAACAUCAUCACAAACUCCUCCCAGCACUUCUUCAGCAUUCCACGGGUCUAAAGCUGAGCUGGCAGUGUUCGGCGUGCUGUUUGGAGUGGAAGAUCUUCAGUGAUGCCCGGAGAAGAAUGAAAUCCUAUCUGAGCUUUCUGCUGCUUUUCCAAGUUCUGAUGGGUUUGGCUGCGCAGAAGAAAACUGUAGCUGUGUUCACUGGAACAGAAGGAGGCAGUGUGGAAAUCAACUGCAGUUAUAA